AUGAGGGUUUUUAUAUUAGUAGCGUUAUGCGCUGUUGCUUAUGGACAGAUGCUUUCUGACGAUUCGCUGAACACCCAAGAAGAUGAAUUUGCAAUAGAAGAAACAGGUGGCAUUGAAGAAAACGGUUUCAGUUUACGAGAACAAAGCGACGUAGGAGUUGCGAGUCAAGAUAAUGCUGCUGCUUUACAAGAAACAAGUGAUACUGGAAGUGCAAGUCAGGACAAUGUUGCAAAUAUAGAAGAGUCUGUUGAUGCCAAUAGUCAAAGUGUCAACUUAAAAGAGACCAGUGACUUAAGUGAUGGUGGAAACGAAGCUAGUCUUACCGAAACGGGUGAUGUUGAUAAUGCUAGCGAAUUGAGUGAUGAUGGUGACAUCAGUAAAGUAAUCGAAGGUGGCGAUGUCGGCGGCGAGUCAUCAAAAUAUCAAGCACAGGACCAGUAUGAGGCUCAAUCAGCUCCACGUGCUUUAAGCAGUAAAACAUGUAUUGAGAAGAACGAGCGUUAUUCAAUUCCUGGAAGCUGCGACAGAUAUAUUGAGUGUUUGAACGGCACAGCAGAAGAAAAGUUGUGUCCUGAUGGUCUCCGAUACAAUCCCAAUGUAAAGUUCAACGUCUACCCAUGUCAAUAUCCCAACGACGUGCCAUGUCUUGCCAGAUCUUCUUUACAAACACCUCAGGCUACCGCCGACUGCCCUCAUCAGUUCGGGUACUUCAGAAGCGGUGAUUCUAAGAACUGCGGUACUUUCAAGAACUGUGUAAAUGGAGUUGGCUAUGACUUCAACUGUCCAGAGGGUUUGGCGUUCAGCUCUGAAACCUACCGAUGUGAUUGGCCUGACCUAGUCCCUGAAUGUGAUGUUGAAGCUUUCCUCGGUUUCCGUUGUCCGGAAGUGAGAGUUUCAGAAGAGCUUGGUCCUCCAGCUGGUUUCAGGUUUUACAGAUCUGCAGAGGAUUGUCAAAAAUACUUUAUAUGUAUCGAUGGCAAACCUAGGCGUUUAUCAUGUGGAGGAUACAACGCUUUCGACGAACUCACCGAAAGCUGUGUCGCUGCCGACGAGAUUUCCGCUUGUCCUUCAGAACUAAGAACACAAGCCGAACGUUCCAGAAAAGCUGAGUCCCAAAGACUUACCGCUGAGAAUGCUAUAAGUGGCUUCCGGAAGGCUCUAGAAGAAGUCACUACGUUCGCUCCGUACGAUGAUAUUCGCAGUGAGAAUUUACGAGGAGAAGAUGAACAGAUCAUAGACAAUAAUGCAGAAGAAGAGCAACCGGAAAUAUAA